AUGCAGCGCAUCAGCUCCGAUGGCUCGUCGGUACUCACCCACCAGACGUCGAGGAAUUCGAUACGCGCGCCGCAGUUCACCCUAGAGAAGUUCACCAGCAAAGACUUCCUUGUCAAAGACUUCAUUGAGGACCUCUCCCAGAUUGCCGUACCUGCGACACGACGCUCCGGAGGUGCUGCUGGCCAGCAGACGUUCGAUCCCAAGCCGCUCAUUCGCACUUUCGAACACGCCCUCACACGACUCAACAGUCUUUCCGAAGACCUAGAAGAGAAGGAGACUGAGCUCUCUACAGCUGUGCGCCGUGCGGAGCUGCAACACAACCAGAAUGUCGAAUCGCUUGGGAGAAGGCUGGAGACGGCCAUGGAUAAGUUCCAAAGGCUAGACAGCUCGCUGAACGGCAAUGAUGAAGGGGGGUCAGAUACUGGAGGCAACGUGGCCAUGCGCAUCGGAGAGCGACUCGAAGAGCUCGAUCGCCAGCGGAAGCGAGCCCUGGACGCAAAAUUCCUGAUUGAAUGCUGGCAAGAAGUCAGCGAACGGGGUGAGCUCAUGAUCCUCGAGGACCAGCGAAAGAACGGCGACAUAGUACGAUGUGCUGAGAUUGCACGCCAACUGCUGCGCAUCAGCACGCGUCUCGACCCAGAGGGCAGCCAGCGAGUCAACGGAGAGGUACAAAACGGCAUGAAGAGGAGAACGGUGCACCAGUCGAGACACAACACGAAGGAAGUCAUCGAGAAGUUCUUGGAGAACCUGGAGCAAGAUCUCCUCAGCAAGUUUCAGGAAUGCUAUGCGCGUCCAAACUACGCUGGCAUGCGCGACUGUGCCAUUGCGCUCAAGGGCUUCAACGACGGAGCUAGUGUCAUUGGAACAUACGUCAACCAGCACUCUUUCUUCAUCGACCGCAUGCAGCUGAAUGGCGAAGACCUAGCGACGGAUUUGGAGACCUGGGAUCGCCUUCAAGAUCCUGAUGCGGAACCACCGGGUGUUGAGCCUACACUACAGUCUCUGAUCGACGAAGUCAAGAUUGUCGUUCAAGAUGAGUCCGCCAUCAUCAAACGAGCAUUCCCGUACUACGAGGAGGUGCUCAUCAAGUUCCUCGAGCGCAUCUUCCAGCAGUCGAUACAAAGUCGAUUGGAGAUGGUGCUCGAUAAAGCAGGAGAACUGUCUUCACUAGCAUUCCUGCGCUCACUGCAGGCAUCUAGGAGCUACAUCACCCAGUUGGUGGACGAUCUAAAAUCACAUGGGUUGACAGAGCAUCCGGAGCCUGCUACUUCGGCGGUCGCAGCUACCCUUGAUCAGCAACUGGAAGAGCUCUUCUCCUCCUACUUUAUUGGAGAGAAGUAUAUCGAGCGCGAAAAGAAGAACCUGGAGGAGCUUUACUCUUCGCUAUUGCUCAAGUUCACUAUCUACCACUCGCGACGCAGCAAGAUGCCAACCUCGUACUUUGGAUCGCUGGCCCAGCGAGGCAAGGAGUUGGCUGCAUCCGCUCGUGACAAGUACAUGGAACGCCUUGAAAGCACCGAGUUGCCCGCCAGUCAAAAAGCAACGCUGCUUCGCAUUGCUGGCUUGAAAGAAGACCAACAAGAGAAAAAAGACAUCGAGGUGACGGAUGAAGAUGGCAGGCUAUCGCUACCAGUCGCUAAGCGUAUGCUCAAGUGGCUGGCAGAAGGUGUUGGGCGGGGACUUGAGCUGUCGCCUGGUAAUGAGACGCCGAAGGACGUGCAAAUACUACUGAACCUACUGCUACGGCAGAUGGGCGAGAUCUAUCUGGAGACGGCACUAGACGCUGCACAAGACCAUGCCGUUUCUCAAGAGAACUCCAAGACAGCCCCUGAUCUCGCUCACUUCCCGUCGCUACACGCCAUCACCACAAUUCUACAUCUUCUCCAACAAACCACUACAACCAUCGUCCUCCCCCUCUGCACACCCAAUCUCACUAUUCGUCGCGACAUCGAGAAGUCCGCGAACAGCACAACGUCGACCCUUGAAUCCAAACUAUCCAACAUCCUCAAUCUCACACUCACAGCAUCUCUCAACUGGGUGAGCAGAUGUCUGUCCCAACAAAAGAAGACCGACUUCCGACCCAAAGAAGACGAUCUGAUGGUCACAACCGAAACACAAGCUUGUCGCGACGUCUCCGCGUUCCUAACCCGCGUCGCCUCUCAAGCCUCUGCCGCCCUCUCCGGCCGCAAUCUUUCCCUUUUCCUCGCCGAACUCGCUCGCGGUCUGCGAUCCCUCGUUCUAUCCCACUUGCUCAAGUUCACCAUCUCACAAGUCGGUGGUCUCAGUGUGUCCAAGGACAUGAACCGCUAUGUUGAGCUCGUGAGAGCAUGGCCGACGGGCGAUGAGCUGGAACCUGGUGCUAUGGAUGUGCUGACGGAUGUCAGUACGUUGUUCAUCAUCGGGCCUGAGGCGCUGAGGGAUAGGCUCAGGGCUGCGGGUGGACAGGAUGCGCAGGAACUGAAGGGGUUCAUUGCUAGGAGGGAUGAUGUUGGGACUGUAGGGGUGCAAAGUGUGCUGAGUGGUUUGUAA